UUUGCGCGACAGCUGGACAGAGAGGUUUGCUCGGUGGGAGGAUUCGGGGUCCGAUUUCUUUACACUUUAAUUGCUACAACAUCCUGUUGAGAUGGGAGACAAGAAGAGUCCGACAAGGCCGAAGAGACACUGCAAGCCCCCGUCGGACGAAGGCUACUGGGACUGUAGCGUCUGCACUUUCAGAAACACUGCUGAGGCGUUCAAAUGUAUGAUGUGCGACGUUAGAAAGGGGACGUCAACUCGUAAACCUCGCCCCGUUUCUCAGAUUGUGGCUCAGCAAGUAACGCCGCAAUUCGCUUCACCUACACAACCCAAAAAGGAGAAGAAGGAAAAGACGGAGAAGGACAAAAACGACAGGGAGCCAGCACUGAAAAAGAACAGCCACAAAAAGAUGAGGCCACGGUUAAAAAACAUUGACAGAAACAGUGCACAGCACUUGGAAGUCACAGUGGGCGAUCUGACAGUCAUCAUCACAGACUUUAAGGAGAAAACGAAACCCCUUUCCUCUUCCAGCUUAUCCUCCACGGCCACGUCAGCAGACCCACAAAGCCAGAGUGGAUCCAGCUCAGAUAACACUGAGAAAGCAGUCUCAAGAUCAUCCUCUCCUCGAGGUGAAGGCACAUCAGUCAACGGGGAACCACACUAACCCCUGAGAACUCUGUUAUUCUGUUAAAGGUCAACAAUGUUACAGACAGCAUCACUUAAAUCACUCCCUUUCCUGACUCCUCCUCAACUGGACUGGAAGGGGCUUUGAGUUUCCCAGCAACAUUUACUGCACUAAGAUCAUAGGAAGGUCUCGAUUAAGUAGCAAGUCAUAAAUGCCCAUGCUGAACUACCAUCAUCACAUCUAAUAAACUGCUUUUGGAACUCUUUGCUCUAAUUACCAUCAUACUUCUCUAUGUUUUCUGAGCAUUGGAGCUACAUAGAGAGACUUGUUGGCUCAAAGACGGUUACUGAUGUUAAGUUUCUAGAAAGUAAAAGACAAUAAGAGAAUGUAUUUAAGGGAUACAGAUUUUACAGUGGUUCUUAAUCUCAUGCACUGCCACAUCUCAGUUGAGGUAAUUAGGUGUUUUAGAUCAUUGAGAACAUAGGGCUUGUUUGACUUGACAAGGUGCUGCACAGAGCAAUCUGGUUCUCAUUGGCUAGACAACCAUAUAGACACAAACUGUAGUGAAUACUACACAUAGCCUGUUAAACUAUGUUUGUGGGUUUCACAUUGAAGUUCAAAUUUAUAUUCUUCAAACAAAUUACAUAUCUGAUAUGUGAAUGUCGUGAAAGCUGCCGGCCCCCAUGGGGUGUUGCUGGUAAAACUGACCAGCUCUCUUCUCAGCUCUUCCCCAACGGCAAGCAGCUACUCUCGCCAACCACCAAGGCAAGGUGCAGUUAAUUUCAAACAAGCCCAUAAACAUUAGCAAUGCCUAGGUCCCUAGCACUGAGACUGAGAACCACAUGUAUAGCGUAAGGUCAUAAUAUUGUAAUAACAUCAUCGUUUCUAUUCAUUCUUUAACACAGAGUAUUUUGGUAUGAGUUUCACACAAGUGGAAAGUUUACAGAGUAUAAAUGUGAAGAGUUUUAAGUAAUGACUGGUAUUAGUAGAUCAAUGGUAGGUCUCAGAACCUGGGUAAAGGCACUGUUUUAAUGUCUGUCUGAUGAGAAAUUAAGUUUUGAAACAGGUUUUUCAAAAGUUGUGCACAAGUUGCUUCAUCGAGUCACUCUGAGUUUUAUAAAUCUUGAAUUUUGAGUUUAAUUAUUGCUACAUUAUUGCCAUGAUGUAUUCAGUGACAUAAAAAGGUUUAAAAUUGAUUACUUCAUCAGGGUCUGUGUUGAAAGACAAAUUCUUGUUUGCACUUCUGAAGGUGUUAAAGGGGUUUUCCACCACUGCGUGCUUUAUGUCCAGCUUUUAGAUACUGUCAGCAUAAGAAUAUUAGAAUUGAAAGAGUUUUAAAAAAACACACUUGUAGAAAAAUGCCUUAUUCAUCAUUCUUUUCCAUGCAUUCAUGCUGGACUUAAUGCAGGACCAUGAUACUAAAGUGUGGUGGAUGUCCCUUUAUAUGCAUUCAUUAUAUUAUCCUUCAGUAACACCAGACCAUUUUUCUCUGAAUCAUGUAGUAGCCUACAUUCGCAAUAUGAAACUAAAGGCAUCUUUUCACGUUUCUGUUGGUUAGAGCACUUGGUAGCAAUCUGUAGAUCUGUGGUCUUUGGUUUAUUUUAUCUGUUUCUUGCAUCUUAAAAGCCCAUUUGUGUUUAACGUGCUUAUUGUUGGCUAGAUUAUCAACAAAAGCCAUGUUUCUGAUAAGAGAGGUGUGUAUGCGUGGGGGUGUGUGUAUUUUGAAUAUUUUUUUUAGGAAAGGCUUUGCUGAAAAUUAAAAUAAUUUAAAUUGUGAAGUUGACUUCUGUUAUUAGUUUAAAGGUUUAUAUUGCUUUUCCAAAUUAAACCAAAAUAUUUAUAACCAUUA